ACAACGCGCACUGACACAGUCCGGAACACACCGACACAGCCCCGAGCACACCGCCUCUGGCUCUCUGACACAGACGCUGACGCGAUCCUGAACACACUGACGCAGUGCUGAACACACCGCCUCAGUCAGUCUGACACAGCCCCGAACACACUAACACACUGACACGGUGACACAGCCCCGGACACACCGACACAGUGACACAGCCCCGGACACACCGACCCGCCGACACAGCCCCGGACACACCGACCCGCCGACACAGCCCCGAGCACAUGAGGCUGUGGUCCGCUAUGGGCUCCCUUGUCCUGCUCCUCGGUCUUCAGUUUGUCGUUCAAGCGGUUCCGGCCCAGGACAGGGUCUGGGUGUUUUCCCAGCCGGGCCAGGACGCCACGGUACCCUGCACCUGUAGCAGAGAGCAGAGCUGCUUCGAUGAGCUCCUCCGCUGGGUCCGAAUGGACCCGAACGGGAAGCUGGAGAUCCUCAACACGGACUGCAAACUGAACCAGAACACCGGCUGCCGAUACAGCAGCACCAGAAUCGACUCGAACCGGGUCCAGCUGACGGUGCACGCCGCCCGGCCCGCCGACUCCGGCGUGUUUUACUGCGGAGAGCACCUCAGCAGCUACAUGGCCUUCACGGACCGCGGAACCGUCCUCGUCGUCGGAGACCCCCCCGCGGACAGCCCCAGCGUCUCGGUGCUGGUGCGGCCCGGCCGGCGCGGGGAGGGCCUGGCCCUGCUGUGCCUGGUGAGCGGCCUGGCGCUGCCCUGGGCUCAGGUGAGCUGGCUGGGGGCCGAGAGGGAGCGCCCGGCGCUGGAAGAGACCACCAGGGUGGCAGGCAGGUACCGCGUCACCAGCCGCCUGAACGUCUCGGAGGAGGAGUGGAGCGAGGGGGGGCCGUGGUCCUGCCAGGCCCGGACAGGCUGGGCUAGCGUCCAUCAGAGCCCGAACGUCUCGUCACGCACCCUCGAGGGGAAAGACUCGAGGCAGACAAAUGGGGGCGCUCUUGUACCUGGGUUAGAGACGGACACCUAUGGGGGCGUCACCUACGCACACCUGGACCUGAAGCCCGCGGGCCGGCCGGGCCGGCGGCGCCAGGACAGACAAGAGGACAGGCUGACCUACAGCGAGGUGCGGUACGCCAGGCCCGGCGGGACCGGCCAGACCGCCUAGCCCUCGCCACGCAGUGCCACAGCGCCCCCUGCUGCUCAGCCCUCAGAUCCCAGUCCGCUGACAGCUGGGCUUCAGCAGUGCGCAGUUCUCUGGACUGCUCUGGUCUUCUGUAGUGUGCAGUUCUCCUGUGUGCUGUGCUGUUAUAGGGUGUUCAGUAGUGUGCAGUCCUCCUGUGUUUUGUGGUGUUCAGUAGUGUGCAGUCUGUGCUGUGUUGUUCUGUGGUGUUCAGUAGUGU